CGCUUCUAAGAACGUUGUCAUGAUCGACAACUACGACUCGUUUACCUGGAACCUGUACGAGUACCUGUGUCAGGAGGGAGCCAAUGUCGAGGUUUUCAGGAACGAUCAGAUCACCAUUCCGGAGAUUGAGCAGCUCAAGCCGGACGUUGUGGUGAUAUCCCCUGGUCCUGGCCAUCCAAGAACAGACUCCGGAAUAUCUCGCGACGUGAUCAGCCAUUUUAAAGGCAAGAUUCCUGUCUUUGGCGUCUGUAUGGGCCAGCAGUGUAUCUUCGAGGAGUUUGGCGGAGACGUCGAGUACGCGGGCGAGAUUGUCCAUGGAAAAACGUCCACUGUUAAGCACGACAACAAGGGAAUGUUCAAAAACGUUCCGCAAGAUGUUGCUGUCACCAGAUACCACUCGCUGGCCGGAACGCUCAAGUCGCUUCCGGACUGUCUAGAGAUCACUGCUCGCACAGAUAACGGGAUCAUUAUGGGUGUGAGACACAAGAAGUACACCAUCGAGGGCGUCCAGUUUCAUCCAGAGAGCAUUCUGACUGAGGAGGGCCAUCUGAUGAUCCAGAACAUCCUCAACGUUUCCGGUGGUUACUGGGAGGAAAAUGCCAACGGCGCGCCUCAGAGAAAGGAAAGCAUAUUGGAGAAAAUAUACGCGCAGAGACGAAAAGACUACGAGUUUGAGAUGAACAGACCGGGGCGCAGAUUUGCUGAUCUAGAACUGUACUUGUCCAUGGGACUGGCACCGCCGCUAAUCAAUUUUUACGACAGAUUGGAGCAGAACAUCAGCGCCGGCAAGGUUGCAAUUCUCAGCGAAAUCAAGAGAGCGUCGCCUUCUAAAGGCGUCAUCGACGGAGCCGCUAACGCUGCCAAACAGGCCCUCACCUACGCCAAGGCUGGAGUUGCCACAAUUUCUGUUUUGACCGAGCCAACCUGGUUUAAAGGAAAUAUCCAGGACCUGGAGGUGGCCAGAAAAGCCAUUGACUCUGUGGCCAAUAGACCGUGUAUUUUGCGGAAGGAGUUUAUCUUCAACAAGUACCAAAUUCUAGAGGCCCGACUGGCGGGAGCAGACACGGUUCUGCUGAUUGUCAAGAUGCUGGAGCUCGAGCUGCUCAAAGAGCUGAUUGCGUACUCCAGAAGCCUCGGAAUGGAGCCUUUGGUGGAGGUCAAUAACGUGGAGGAAAUGCAAGUGGCCGUUGCGGUGGGAUCCAAGGUCAUUGGAGUGAACAACAGGAACCUGCACGACUUCAGCGUGGAUCUCUCCACCACAGUGAAAUUGAACGAGCUGCUUCCAAAUAACGGACCAAACACUCUCCUUUUGGCGCUGAGCGGUAUUUCGUCGCCGCAGGACGUGUCGAGCUACAAAAAGCACGGUGUCUUUGGAUUCCUCAUCGGCGAGGCGCUGAUGCGCAAGGGCGACCAGGUCGGCGACUUCAUCGGCCAGCUCCAAGGAGCAGAAUAAUCAAGGCGGAGCCUACGUGGUGUACGGGUGUUUGUAAUAAUAUUGCAGAAAAGUCAAAAGCACCUGGAAUGUGAAAAAAAGGUUCACUAGUUUCUGUUAUAAAUAGAAAAAAACGAUACACCAUGCGGACGAUAUAUUGGUUUUAUUCGCUGGUCUUUUUGUGGACUGGCGUGUUCGCAGAUGUGGAGCCAGUCUCGCCAAGUGAGGGCGACACUUUCACGGUUGACGGCUCCACCGUGAAGUUUAACGUUACCUUCAAAGAUGACGGCGAAUCGCCUAACAUCAAGGACGCUCUUUCAUUCACUCUGCUGCUCAUGACCGGUCCGAACGACGAUAUCGAGCAAAGAGCCAGCCUGGCAUCAUCCAUCACAUUAAGCGACCUCGACGACAAUACGUACCAGGCGUCCGUGGAGGCUAGCGUUGGCGCAGACGGAUACUACUACGUUCAAAUUUACGCAGACUACGGCUCUCAAUCUUACACGAUUCACUACACGGACAGAUUCAAGCUGGAAGGUAUGACUGGUACUUUGAAGACCUCGGGUACCGGCGAUCCUCCUGAAGCUCAGCAGAUUAGUGUGCAGCAGUCCAUCAACUCUGCCUGGUUCACCAUUCCAUACACGAAACAGACGGGGAAAACGAGAUACGCUCCAAUGCAGACUCAGCCUGGGAGCAAAGUGACGGCCACCACGUGGUCCAGAAGGUUCCCUGCCUCCUCUGUGACGUACUACUCCACCAUCUCAGGAACUCCUGUUGUUUACUCGACUAUCACCGCCGGCUGGUCGUACACUAUGAGUUCUCUCACGAACUACGCCACGCCUGCCCCAUUCCCGAGCGAGGUCGGCUGGUACGCCCCAAGCAAACGGUUACAGAGCGCGACGUUGGACAGUUCCUACAGAAAGAUGAAGAAACGGAGAUGGGACGAUUAAGACACAAAUACAUUUAGCGAUAUUAACCACGUGUAAAUUCAGUUAGCUCAGACUGGUGUAGAAUAGCUCCGGCACCUUGUGGCUCAUUUCCACCAGCUUCGUCACGGCAGGCUCGCUGAUUUGGUCGCCAAAGUCAAUAAUCUGGAUCACCUUUACGCUGUUGUCUGAGUCCACUAUUCCUAUACACUCGUACCAGUUGUUCAGCGUGAGCGACUCGAGCAGGGCCUGCUGGUUUUGGAAUUUCAGCUGGAUAGAGCCGUUGCACUGGACGAUCGCAGUACCGGCGCCCGUGGACUUGUCGAUGAGUUUGCCGAUGACACGAACGGUCUUUUUCGUGAAUUGCGAGAUGAUGCUGGCGUCCACUCUGAUUGACUCCAUAAUUAAGGUGCAAACUAUUGAAUGAUUAUUUUGCC